AUGGCUUCAAAUAAUAGUCAUCUUGCAUCAGAAUUAUUUGUUUUUUUACAUGGAUUUACCCAAGACGGAGGUGUAGGUGGUGGUGGUCAAAUAGCUAAAUAUAUUGCAUCUCUUUUUCAUGUUUCUGUUGAGCAACCAAAUUUAAAUCAACCAUCAUUUAAUGAAUUUUCUAUUUCGAAUGCUAUUAAAAUUAUUGAUAAAUUAUAUGAUGAAAAACAAAAACAAAAGAAUGAACGUAUUAAAAUGAAUCUCAUCGGUGCUAGUAUGGGUGGUUAUAUUGCUGCACGUUAUGCUGAAAUUUAUCCUGAUCGUGUUAAAAAAUUAUUUCUUUUAUGUCCAGCAUUUGGUUUAGCUGCAAGAUGGCGUGAAUUUUUAUCGGAUGAGGAUUUAAAUCGUUGGAAAACAUCUGGAUCAUAUGCAUAUGAUGGACGUCAAUUACAUUAUGGAUUUUUUCAAGAUAUAACUGAAAAUCAUCCACCAUAUCCGCAGGUAUCAUGUCCAACAUCAAUAGUACAUGGAAAAUCUGAUCGUAUUAUACCAAUAGAAGCUAGUCGAAAAUUUAUUGAUGAACAAAAAUCUAAAGAAUUAAUUAAACUCGUUGAAGUUGAUGAUGAUCAUUAUUUAACAAAAAGUGUAUUUCAAAUUAUACCAAUUGUUUCACAAUUUUUGCUUUAA